AUGGACCCGACCGCUGCCUUGGAAUACGACACGCUGAAACGGGCACUGCUCCAACGGUUCUUGUACACGGCGGACGGGUACCGGGAGAAAUUCCGUAAUGCAAGGCCCGAAGAUAGAGAAACCGCCAAGGAGUACGCGUCGAGGCUCUCGGGGUACUUCGAUCAUUGGACCCCUGACAAGCUCAACGUGUGCCAAACAGAAACAGGAGGCAAACCAACGGCCACGAGGUCCUUGCAGUGCGGCGUGUGUGAGAAAGUUUUCUACCGCAAGUCGCAGCUGCGAACACACUUGUUCGCUCACGUAGGCGAAAAACAGUACGCCUGCGACGUGUGCAACAAGAAAUUCACGCAGAAGAAAAACCUGGUGAUCCACAGUCGCACGCACACGGGAGAGAGGCCCUUCGAGUGUUCGUCGUGCCCGGCCACGUUCACCUGCACCGAGUAUCAGAAGAGACACAUGUUGACCCAUACCGGCGAACGACCGUAUGAGUGCAACAUCUGUGGAAAGAGAUUCGGCACGAAAAAAAGCCUCAAGUACCACUCACUCACUCAUUCAGGGAAGAAGUCGUACGCCUGUCAUGUUUGCCGCAGAAAAUUUUCCCGCAGAGACUCGCUCCGAAGCCACGCCCGUACGCACACUGGCGAGAAGCCCUACGUCUGCCACCUGUGUCCCGCAACGUUCGCGCAACUGAGUACGCUGAAAAAGCACGUCUUAAGCCAUACCGGCGAGCGACCUCACAGGUGCGGCGAAUGCGGGAAGAGUUUCAGAUCGAGGUGCAACCUUUCACAGCACAAGAUUAUUCACUCAGGCGUAAAGAAUUUCGAUUGUCAGUCCUGUAGCCGCAAAUUUCAUUCUAAACAAGCACUGAAAUAUCACACCCGCAUGCAUACAGGCGAGAAGCCGUACCACUGCCACCUAUGUCCCGCUGAAUUCGCGGAUAUGAGUGCGCUGAAAAGGCAUGUGUUAGCCCACACCGGUGAGCGACCUCACCGCUGCGACGUAUGUGGGAAGUGUUUCAGAUCAAUGUCCAACCUUUCGCAGCAUAAGAUCUUUCACUCCGGUGUGAAGAAGUUCAGUUGCCAGUUUUGUAGCCGUACGUUUAGCUUAAAAGAAGGGCUUACCACGCACACCCGCACGCAUACGGGCGAGAAGCCGUACCACUGCCACCUGUGUCCCGCUGCAUUCGCGCGCUUGAGUACGCUAAAAACGCAUGUUUUAAGUCACACUGGCGAGCAGCCUUAUGGGUGCGACGUAUGCGGUAAGAGAUUUACCCAAAGGGGGAGCCUUUCGCGUCAUAAGCGUAUUCACUAAGCAAGUACCUAAGCUUUGCUGUCAGUUCUGUAGCAGUACAAUUAUUAGCAAGUCAGACCUCAGUUCUCACAUACUCAUCCACGAAAACCGCAACGAUUGUAGCUCGAGCUGCAGGAUAUUUACAAAUCUUCGUAUAAGGAAGGGCACGCAGCUAUCAUCCAUGAUGAAACAUCACACGGCAAGUAGGCAGCAAAGCAUUCUUUAGCGUGCGUAUAUCCACCAGCCAUGCAGCCGGUAGACGUCAUACAUGUAUGAAAGGGCUUCAGGAGUCGCGGACCCUGUAUCACAUUUACAUUCGAGGAAACAUGUGGGCAAGUCCCUUGCAUACGUAUGCGUUUUCAUUUGAGCGCGCAUGCGCAGCCUUCUUCAGGUGUUCCUAGGGGUGUCAGAUGCGAUCGCAAGAUGCACUAUAACCGUAUAUGAAGAAUAAUAUUGCCUAUUGUUGCUACUUUCGGAAG